GUACUGUUAAAGUUGACAAAGUUACCGAAGUGCUGCUCAGUUUUCUUCGAUCUUUUCAUUUUUCAGUGAUAGUUUUUUGGUUUAUGUUUGUAUCCGUCGAAUGAUAUCGAGCUAGGAUGGCGUUAAGUUGUGCAAUCUCGAACGAAGUUCCUGAACAGCCUGUAGUGUCGCCUGUGUCAGGGUCUGUUUUUGAAAGACGGCUAAUCGAGAAGUACAUCAAUGAAAAUGGAAUCGAUCCAACUAAUGGAAAAGAGCUCACAGUAGAUCAGCUGAUCGAAAUCAAAGUAAACGCGGUUGUGAAGCCACCUUCUGCCACAAGUAUUCCAGCAAUUUUAAAAACACUUCAAGAUGAAUGGGAUGCUGUGAUGCUGCACAGUUUCACACAGAGGCAGCAACUACAGACAGCUCGGCAAGAGCUUAGCCACGCUCUUUACCAGCACGAUGCUGCUUGUCGAGUCAUCAGUAGGCUGACCAAGGAAGUUACCGCUGCUCGUGAGGCCUUAGCAACAUUAAAACCACAAGCUGGUAUCAUGACACCCAACCCAACAACAAUACCCCAACCGGCUAUUGCUGCGGAGGCAGGUGGUGUGGCUGAUCAACCAACAGAACAGGCAGGCAUGACUGCUGACAUUAUCCAAAAACUGCAAGACAAAGCUACAAUUUUAACACAAGAACGUAAGAAGCGUGGUCGCACAGUCCCAGAAGAACUCGUGUCCUCGGAAUCACUACGCAGCUUUAAGACUCUUGCCUCUCACCCGGGUCUGCACAGUGCUGGUAUUCCGGGGAUCUUAUCAUUGGAUGUACAUGCUGCUGAUACAAGUAAAAUUCUCACUGGUGGAAAUGACCGCAACGCAACUGUAUUCAACAAAGAUACCGAACAAAUUGUAGCGAUAUUGAAAGGUCACACGAAGAAAGUCACUCGUGUUAUUUAUCAUCCAGAGGAGGAUAUUGUAAUCACAGCCUCCCCAGAUUGUACGAUUCGAGUUUGGGAUGUGCCCCACUCUCAGUUGAUGCAAGUCCUGCGAGCUCACGACACGCCCAUCACUGGUCUCUCAAUCCAUCCUACCGGGGAUUAUGUCCUCUCAACAUCGACAGAUCAACACUGGGCAUUCUCUGAUAUCCGAACUGGUAGCCUCUUGACUAAAGUUGCUGAUGAAUCAUCGGGACCCUUAACAACAACACAAUUUCACCCUGAUGGUUUGAUCUUUGGAACUGGAACGACAGAUUCACUGGUGAAGAUUUGGGAUUUGAAAGAACAGUCAAACGUUGCCAAUUUCCAAGGACACUCUGGACCCAUCACUGCCAUUUCCUUCUCAGAAAACGGUUACUACUUAGCGACAGCUGCUGAUGAUGCGUGCGUCAAAUUAUGGGAUUUAAGGAAAUUGAAAAAUUUCAAAACUCUACAGUUAGAUGAAGGCUAUGAAAUCAAGGAUCUCUGCUUUGAUCAGAGCGGUACCUACCUUGCAGUUGCCAGUGCAGAUGUUAAGAUUUUCUUGUGCAAACAGUGGCAAGAACUUAAGUCCUUCAAUGAUCACACUGCUCUAGCAACUGGAGUACGUUUCGGUAAACAUGCACAGUUCAUCGUUUCAGCCAGUAUGGACAGAACGCUGAAAAUUUAUGGCCUCUAGAUGGAUUCUAGCUGCUUUCUUAGGAUGUUGUAUUCAAUUCUUUGUACAGUUGAAGUGUCAUCUCAAAGACUGAAGACCGCUGGAGUCGUUAAAUGUGAAACAAGUAAAUUGAAUAGUCAAUGGAAUAAAACAAGGAUACUUCAUAAACAAAGCGUGUGUAUUAAAAACACCCAUUCAAGAGAAUGUCCUAAUAUUUUCUUAAUGAAAGUAUUGAUUGUAAUGCUUGACAAGACUAUGUAUAGUGAUUCUCAGCGUAGCCCCUGAAAAUUGCAAACGGAGAUAGAUGUGGUGUACAAAAUAGAUUUCAUUUUAUCAAACGACAGAUUUUUGUAGAGUCCAUUCUUUUAUCCAAAUAUAGAAGAGAUACCAUGGUACCAGAUGUAAAUUUUGCACCAAAAUUUUCAUUUUUAUGGCGGGUUACAUGAUCUGUUUCAUCAGAUCAAUGGACCAGUAGACAAGGUAAGAAUUUAAGUAUGCUGAUACAUGUUUCCUAAACAUAAUUUUACAAAGAGCGAAAAUAACUGAAUUAAAUUUUUAGCAAGAUAAUAACGUUUUUUUAUGCAUGAAUUCAAACUGCCCACUUAUGGAAACAAAGUAACCUUCUUGAGUUAAUCGCACACUGAGCAUUCCCGCAAUAAUGGUCUCUACGAUUUGAAAAUGUAACAGCCUUUAGCUCAGCUAUAGCAAGUUGUUGAAUCUUUGAGCAACACAGGGUGGGAAAGGAACAACGCUCGAUUGAGAAGCCUGCCAAAACCGUUGUGCGCUAUUUGACUUACAUAGAGUAUUGUUUUUCUUGUGUGCUGGCAAUUCAAAUUUCCUGUAACCAAAUUAUGUAUAAUACAAACGUUAAUAUCUUAGUUAAGAGUUGAUUUCAGUCAUUUUCGUCUUGCAAAUUGUGUUCUACGGGAUUUUGGUUUAGAACCAUACAUCAGAAUGUGUAAAUCUGUACCUUAUCUACUGGUCCAUUCUGCAACUUCAAAUAUACAUAUAGGCAGUCGUUUAUUUAAUUUUUUCUGUUGAGUAGGUUCAUUCCAUAAAUUGAAAGUUAGAAUUUUGCAUAAAGCCCAAAAAAGCUUUCGCCGAUUAUAACUGACUUUUAAAGUUCUUGCUGAAUGCCUUGAGUGUGUGGGCCAGACUUUAUAUUGCAAGAGAAAUUCAAUACUUACAGUGAAAGAAAAUAGAAAUCACUUCUUUUACCUUUAGUGUUGGGUGUAAAAAAAGAAAAUAAUAUUGAAUCAGGAAGGAAACUCAAAAUGACGAACUUGAGAGUGUAAUUAAUUCAAAGGUUUGUUGAAUCGUUAUCGAAUGAUCGUGAUCGAUAAAUCCUUAUCUUAGCAAUGCUAUUUAUUGAUCAAGGUCAUUCCAUAACAAUUCAAUAAUCGACUUGUAGCCUCUUUAUCACAGAUCUUUUCAGAAAUUAAUGUCUUUUUCAUUUGCAAAGGUAUUUUCCCUAGGUUUGUUGCAUUACUGAGUUGAGCGUAGUCAGAUAUGUUACUUUAAUUUUCAAUUUUUUUAAAGUAUCAAUCAGCUCUGGGAUUAACAUUAGAGUCUUUCGGCAGGCUUGUCAUCAAACAUUUGUAUGUUCCUACUUGCAUUCAAGCCUUGAUCUUUUAAUUUCAGAACUUGUAUUUUUAUUGCGCUUGCUUCCUCUGCAUGAGUUCUGCAAGUUAUCAAUUUGUAUUCUCAUGUGUAAAAUUUUUAAAACUGUCUCUUCUUUUGUGAAUAAAGUGUAUUAUUGAUUUUUAUAAAAA